AACCUGACAAACAACUUCUUAUUUUCACCAAGGUAUGUAUCAGGUACGCCAUGUGAAGUAUCCCUUCUCCAGCACGCCAGUCCUGCCUGUAAAGUGUCGAGAAAUGCUGCCUUAAAUGAGAACAAGAAGAUCUGGACCUUGAAACAUGAUCCAGAUUUACAUGGCUUUGCCUUACUGAACAUGACCUCUGAGCAGCUGGGAGCUAUUGCUGUGCAAGAUCCCUUUAUAAGAUACUACGCUUCGGCAUAUGUUCAAAUCACGCAAGCAAGCAGUAAAUCCUUUGACUUGUACAACAAUAUAACCGCUGGUCAGGAAAUCACGGAACUAUCAGAGUAUCUGAAGUUGUCAACGUUUUUUCAGUCGGCUCUAGAACCUGCAAUUGGCGUAAGUAUGUUGUUUUGUUAUUCAAAGACCGAGUUCAACUGCAUAAAACCUUAAGUCAGAUGUAACUGCCAACGCCUGACAUUCAGGCACGAGUGAACGGGGCUUAAUGUCAGGUUAUAUGCGCAGGUGAUGUAAUAAAUCUGAUAUUUGAAUUUUAAAAUCGCCUCCGUGACGUCAGUGUAUUGCUAGAGUAAACUGAUAGUACAGCGGCCAACUUAGUUGACGCAAACAGUAUCGUGUUCCUUUGCUAGGUGACAAUUUUCGAAUUUAAAACACUGUUUGUCCAUGCAAAUCCUAUGCAAAGAAAUUAAUGUAUUGUUUUGUCAAUUGCGCAUAACUAGCCCACCAUGUUGUCUGUGUUCCCUGACUGUAUAUGUUAAAUUUCCUGUCGUUAAUUGUAACGGUCGGGCCAUCAUUAAGACACGUGAUUUUCUUUUUCUUUUGACGCAAUGAAAAUUAAUGACAGUUAAGUCAGUAUUAAAACAGAAGAAAAAUUCUUAGCCCAGCAUCAAACUCAAGUCCUUCGACAGUGUAUCUCUCCAAAAAGCCUUCAAUAUGACACCAUCACUACCACACACCGUUGAAAUCUGAAAACUGAAAUCCACUUUUAAAUUAGUUUCCUGACUUUCUUUCUUAGCCUUAAAUUACAAAAUUAGAGCGGUUUACUAUAUGAUGACCCCGUCUAUUUAAGGAUGAGAAAUAAGAAAGGCUUGUUUUGUUUUUUGUAUUGUUUUGUUUUCUUUUGUUUUUUUUUUCUUUUUAUUAUAAAGUGAACGUCGAUCUAUUUUCGAAAACGUGGUAUUAUAACAUACGUCUGGUGGCGUCGCGAAAUGUCGGCUGUUUUCCUGGUGCUAUUUUUUCGCGUACAAGUACCGGGUGGAAAUUUUGUCUCUUCUUCAUGCGUGACAUUUUUUUUGUUUAUCUCAGUCUCUACACUGGUGUACUUAAAUCCCAAUGAAACUUUCACGGCAAGAUAACGUGUCGGAUAAUUCAAAAGAUUUAAAAUAGACGUCUACAGUAGGCGUACAUUGGGCUAUACUUUGUAGUCGUCUAAUAUAUUUUGGAAGGUAUUAUGCUUAUCUCACCUUUUGCAUGCUGAGUGUGUAACUACUCCUAUCCCUCCUUCCUGAUCAUCCGUCCGAUAUUUUAGGGACCUUACGAUCCGACAACAGCGACGUCCAUGAAAACGUCGCUGAAAAAUAGACUCCGCAUUCUUUAAUUUUAAACCAUUUUGCGAUUAUCCCAAGUCACCCAGUCACUUAAAGGAAGGGAAUUGAAGUUAUGUUGGAGCUGAAGAGAAGGGAUGACGCCCGAGUUCAGACACAUCAGAGAUGGUAGAAUUUAUCGCCUUGCAGUUCCCGUCCUCAAAAAAAGAAACUUAAAACUUGGUAAUUUCACGUUGUAGUCGUGCAGGGACGGCCAGGAAAUGUACAAAAAAGCGUGAUGCACGAGCAAAGUUGUUUUUUUGCUUACUAAACCUAUUGCUCUUUGAAGCUGCCGUUGCCGUCGCCGUCGUUAGUUUCGUAAGGUCCCCUUUGCCUCUUUGAAGGACACGACGAAAACUAAUUUUUAAUUGGGCUGUGCCGGCGGCCCAAUAAUCAGACAGCAAAUAGACUUUGAAAUUUUUUACCAUUAGGAGUAUGCUCGGCUGCCAUCACGAUAUGAAGCCUUCGUCGACAAUAAGCCCGAGUGGAUAAACGACAAGCACUUUACUCAGCAACGCCUGGCAGGUCCCAAUCCCAUGUCGCUACAGCGGGUGACAGUUCACGGACAAGGUACGUGUCUGCCUAAGCGACCAAUUGUAACUUAAACAAAGUGUACAGGACGUUCAAACGAUGUGGGUACUCUAAAAGUACCUUUCAGUAGAGGUAUAGAGACGGAAAGAUUUAAUCGUCAGAACUCAGUGCCAAUGAAGUUAGCAAAAUAAAUGGUACUCGGAGACUUGCUUCAAACACACUUAAACUUUAUAAGGAACGUAUUAUAGAACAUCCUAUUAGGUAUAAGGUACUUUCAGUUAGGUAUUGUUAUACAGUGAAACCUGUAUUAAGCGGACACCCUCGGAGAAUGCUGUAGUGUCUGCUUAAUACAGGGUGUCCGCCUAAUACAGGUUUCAAUAGAUAACGUCAUAUCAGGUGUCAAAUGCCAUUUAAAUGAACAGUGGAAACGUUAAGAAUACUCCCAGAGACUGUGACGACAUACGUCUGCAUUAAUUUCUUUAUUUAAGUGGACCAGUUGAUCAAAGUACCAUUAACAUAGACUGCAACUCAAAUUUGAAGAAAUCAGAUGAGUGAAACAAGCUCUAUACAAACAGAAAUAGAAAACAUAACUGUACUGUGAAACUGAUCAAAUAAGUUCGUCAAGUCACAUUUUUUAAGGUAAAAAAUGAAAAUUUGUGGGCGUCAAUCUUUCGCAUUUCCGGCGUCUGGCAUGUUAGGUGGUGGAAUUUAAUUACACGUGUCCGUUUAAUACAGGUCGGAAACAAUAGAAAUGAUCAUUUCAGGUACUUUUUAGGUGUCCGCGUCCGCUUGAUAGAAGUGUCCGCUUGAUAAAGGUUUCAUUUAAAGUAAAUAACAGAAAUAAAUUUGGGGACUUCGGCUACUGUCCGCUUAAUAGUGGGUGUCCGCUUAAUACAGGUUUCACUGUAAAUGGAAUGAUCGGGUUCUAUUUCUUUAAACUCGCUCAAUCGAUCUGACUCGGUUGUUGAAACAAAGAAGGAAUUCAAAAUUUAUCCGUCGUCUGUAAAAUCAGGUCAUGUUUGAUCGUUUCUCCAAGCAGACAAGAUAGAUCCAUCUCAUCCGCUGGAGAUCUCCCGCUUUUGUCCCACAACUGGAGAAAAAAAGACCUGUUUAGUUCUGUUUACCAUCAUAAACCCUUCAUUAAUCAAGCUUGACAGGUCAAAAUGGCAAGAUAUUGGCCUCGUUCUUUUUUGUUGCAAAUUUCUUAAUGACCACAACUGAAUCGGUCCUUUGGGAACGCAAAAAAACCGAGCUUGACCAAUAUCUAGGUCAUCGUAAUUAAACCUUAUUCGCUUGUACAAUAACACAUAUAUUAUAAUGCUACCUUAAUUUAUUUGUUUCGUGUAGAAAAGAGACGAUGCACAGUAAAAACGACUGACGGAAGAUGGUGCCAUUUCCCGUUUACUUAUCGUGGUAAAGUCUAUCACAAGUGUACAACUAAAGACCAUCACAGACGUUGGUGUUCAACGAGUCAGAAAUAUAUCUUCAAAAAUAAUUUUGGAAGAUGGGGAAACUGUCAAGGUAACAAAAGAAACGUUGUUAAUUGUUACUCUAUUUUUUUUUUUUUUGGUUACUACUUACUUUAUAAUCAUAAUAUUUAAUUUGUAUUACGUCUCCCUCCUCUUAGGUAAUGAAGAACAGGGAAUGGGUAAGUUCAAUUUGUUUAUUUUAUUGGUUAGUGGUAAGUGCCAAUAAAAAGAAUUACAAACCAAGCAGGUGUCCCAAAAUAAUCGUGUGAGAGCUGAGUGCCUCAUUCUACUGAGCCAUACUGUUAGGGACACCCAACGACUGUUUUCUGUAAAAUAACUGUUCGGAGAAACAAAUAUUGCCUAGAAUUUUCUAUUACCUGAGGAGGGCUAAAGACUGGCUAAAAGUUCUAAAUGACUCUGCUUCCAUUCAAGUACAAUUUUCGAAGCUUAUCUAAUUAAUAAAUUCCCCACAAUUUUCUGAAGUUUAAUUUUCGCAUUUCACUUUUCAAGUUUUUCGUAGAAAAAGGGAAACCAAAAAUUUUCGGAUUAAAAAAUGUGAUGGAGAGAGGAAUCAGAAAAUUUAUCAAUUUCGUAAUACGUCAAACUGCAUCGAAAAUUUUCGGGAAAAUAGUACUCAAGCGCUUGUAAUUUCGAAAAGACUCAAGUUGCCCUAGGAUGACAAAACAGAUACAAAUUUUAUAGCGCUGCUUAGAAUGCAUUUCUAGAGAUCUAAACUGAAGUACUCUGGAUAGCGUAAAAAGUGUUUUCAAUGCAUUUAGGAGGAAACUGCCGUUUUGUGCUUCUUUUCAUCAAGUAUUUGUUGAUGCUACCUAGUAUAUUAUUGGCUCAAAAAAUGUAGUACUCUAAAUGUUUCUAUUUUAUUCGAAAGCUAUGUUUGGCAGGAAUUUGUUUGCCUACAAAUAAAAAAAUGUUUAAUGUCUCUUAGUCACUGAAUGAGUUUCAUUGGUUUGCUAACAAGGGGACUGACUCCUCUUCACCAAUUCAGCUUUAACAUAUGUUAUUCAGCGGGGAUGGGCUGUUUGCAGGGUCCAAAUUAUUGAUCAAAAGAAUAUCACGAGAUAACUCGGGCAAUUACUUGUCGGAAAAUCACUAGCUGGGAAGUUACUUGCGGAAUAUUACUACAGCUGUAAAACUACUAGUCGCGAGCAAAAGAGGAGCUAUCUCGCUCACUCUUGUCACGAGUUCGUCUGGAAAAGUACUUAAAAGAAAAAAGGUUCAAAGGCUUGUUUAUAAUGGAAAGUGCACUUAGCCUAUCCAGCUGGUUUACAGGCACUCCACUCAAAUACUUAGAAACAAAUAAUUUAAACUUAACAUAACAGGAUUAAAAACCCUAACUGGCGGGAGGCAACCGGUUGGCUAUUUACAAGCGUGGCUGAGGAUUUGAACUCGGGAAGACCAAGAACCGAAUCCAGCAAGUGGCCAGAGGUGGACUCGAACCUGGGACCGAGGGAUUACGAGUCCAACGCGCUGACCACUCGGCCACGUUGCCUUCCUGUAGCCGCGACUUCAUUUAAGGUUAGGGUAUAUAUAUGAGGCAAGCUGUGUUCCUCAAAGUCGUCCUCUUGGUCUCCAGACUUAACACGCUCUACGAAUUUGACCCUCCUCCUCCCUUCCUCCGCCUCUUUAAUUAUUAAUAGUACUUUCAUCUUACUUUGGGUGCAUUUUUCUCGUGCCCUCAACUUUGCCAUCUUACGUGGCCAAAAUUUUACCCAAGUACUUCGUUGUUGCCCAUUUCUUUAAGCGCUCUUGCAAACAAAGCUCAAGCGGAUGACCCCGAAAUUUAGGGUAUAAAAACAAGCGAGUAAGGAGCUAGGCACAAAUAAUUUAUCUUAUGCGAAAGCCUUUUUCCCGUGCUUUCAGCCGGCGAGGACUGCAGUGUCAAGACUACAAAGGGUGAAUGGUGCCAUUUUCCAUUUACCUAUUAUGGAAGGAAAUAUACGAAGUGCACUAAAGAUGAUCACAUUCGACCGUGGUGUUCAACUACAAAAAACUACACAGGCAAAUGGGGAAUUGCAAAGGUAAACCCUCGCGGAAGACGCAUCUCUUUUCCCUAGGUUUGCGCUAAAAGAUGGCUCUCCGUUUACUUUUUUGCUAAUCUACCUAAACUUUUCACAUAUUAGCCGAAAAUGAUUUUAAAGUAUCGUGAGGUUGUGACUUUGCUGAUACCUAACUUCUAACCUAGUUCCCUUAAAAAGUGACAAAGAGAAUCGUCCCUGUUUAAUUAUAAUUACAGUCAGUGAUGGACAAAAUCUGCCAACCUGUAGAUCGAUUCACUUUCGUGAUCAGUGGCCAUGCAAAUUUCUGCGAACAGGAAAAAAACGUUCAGUUUACAUGACAAAAGUGUUUAAUUGCCACUUGGAUUAUAUUUGACACUCGAUCUACUUGGUUCUAUUAUUGGUGAGGUAAGUAAAAUGUAAGGAAAUGAAAUGAAAUGAAACUAAUAAAACAAAUUAAAAAUUAAACCGUUAUACGUAAAUUAGCCAUCACCUCAUUGAGGCAAAGACACUCUUCAACUAAUUUUGGUUUUGUUCUUUGCAGGGAAAGAAGAGAAGAGAGGAGAGCAGCGUGGUAGGUACACUAAACGGUUGCGAUCGAUUCAAAACAAAAAAAAAAUAAAUUCUAACACUGGCGUUAAAACCUGAUCCCCAUUCUUGGAGUUCCAGGAGCAAUUUGAACUUGCCAGGAUUUACAAGUUACCAAGGCAGGAAUUCUUACCUAAACAGAUUUGAAGGCAUUUGAAUUACUUGCUUUUGAAAUUAUAUUUGUUUGAGAUCUAUUCACUUCAUCGUUUUAUAUUAUCACAAAGUUUGUAUUACAAUCGAGUCGAGUUAUUAAAAAUAUAUAAAAGCACUGAAGAUACUGCUGAUACUUCAGUCCUAUAAAAUAUAACCCGGUGGAUCAGAAGCCCGAUUCAACUAGUCUGCAUAGAUCACUGAAUCGUAAAAACUUCGAUUCAGCUUCACUUUUUUGACAUUUAUCUGCCAGCUAAAUUUUAAUGGCAAAGACUCGAACGCAGUUACUAAUCUUCGAUUACUGCUACUUACUAGCUAGUUUAAAAGAAAAAAGAUAUUUUAUGCAUUACCUUACAAUUAUAGUCUUAUCCUUAUUAGGACCAAUAGGGCUUGAUUGGAAGGAACUAAAGGAAACAUUGAAUCCCACCUUUGAAUGGCAAAAAGCCGUUCAAGCAGCUCUGGAUACAGACGACUCUUUAGAAUCGGUAUGGAUAGUCCUAAUACUUUGAGAUAAAAAAAAAAAAAAAAUAAUAAUAAUAAUAAUAAUAAUAAUAAUAAUAAAAUCAGCCAAACUACGGAUGUAUCGCUUUUUAUUUUAUGGAUCUGUUUGCAAUUUCAUGUUCUCACUGGAUGGAAUAGUACUGAUGAAAAAAGAUUAACUAGAUAAUGUAAUGACGACAAGAAAUGUGCGAAAAUAGGAAGUUGAUCAAUAAUGCAAGUAGAAAAUUAAUACAAACGAAAAUAAAUCAUUUUGUUAAAUCUGGUGAAAAGUAACGACUGCUCCCAAUUUAUCGACAAAAUACAAUAAAUUAGAGAUGCCUGUAUCGCAGAACCUCGCGAGGCUCGGGGGGAGGCCUAUAAAAUGUCAGGUGUGGUUAGGGGGAGAGAAUUGGAGCAAAUUGUGUAGCUUGAAAGGGCGGGUUUCAACACUGGCUCUAAUACUGGAAGGUGAGAUGUAGUUAAUCUCCUUUUGGCUGGGGUAAAUUUGAACCCAGUGCUCUUUCGUUAAAAAAGGAUUUUCUUGUGAAGUGAACUACAGCAAGGAGACUGUUUACACUUUUUGUAGUACAUAAUCACACUUGACAACUAAUUGUUUGCAACAGUAAGGUACAAUUCUUAUAAUCACUUACACUACAUGUAGCAAUGUUUCCAUGAUUAAGGAUGCAGUUGAGAAGAAUUAUGAAAGUGAUCAUGAGUCAUGAUUACUAUUAUGCGGUACCCUCAUUAGUAACGAGUCAUCUCUGUAAAAAGUACCAAGUCAUUUAUAAAAGUGUUCAUAGUUAUUUGUGUACGUGCAUGAGAAACAAAUACCCAUGGAGGAGUGAAUUUGUAGGAAAUUUCCACAUAGAAGUGUGCUUCUGCCAAUGGAACAUGUUUAACUUCCGUGAAUAUGCAGGAAUAUGUCAACUCCCUCUGACAUCUUUGAAACAGUUAAAUUUUCCCUGAAUAAUCCUGAAAAUUCUUGACUUGUUAAAUUGUCCCUUUCAGGGAAAAGAAUUAAUUUUCCUGGCAUGGUAACACAUGUCACACACUAAUAUUGGGAGGAGAUUCGAAAUACGGAUGUUCCUUUGGAAUAUUAAAUAGGAUCGACAAUAGGAGGCCAGCGCUAUGUUUGAUAAGGCUGCUAAACAUAGAUAUACAUUUUACUUAGGAUAGUUUUAGGGAAGUAAAUGUAACGAAAAUCGUAAACGAAAAUGUUGUUUACAAAUGUAACGCUUCCCUACACGUCACACAUAUUCAGUGUUCUAAAAUAAAGCUUACUGUAAAAGCCAUCAUUACUCAUGGCUUAAAGACUAAUCAACUGUCUUAAGUCCGUUGGAAAGAUAUUCUUGCCGUGCAUUGUACAGAUCGUGUAACUCUUGCUACCUAUCGUUGCAUCGAAGAAGAUAAUUUUGGUUGAAAACUUCAAGCGUUGCCUGAUCUCCUCAUCGCUUUUUGAAGCGUUAGCACUCGGUGUUCCCUCUCUUCACCGGUUUGUUUGCAGUGUAAUUGUAGUAUUUUGUCGCUACCUCUGUACAUGUUUGUGGUCGCCGUGUUGACGACGUUGCCUUCGCGGUGAUGAGCGAUGUUCGCUCUGCCUCGCGCGCUUUGUUGUUUUUGUCGUCUACUCGGCUCGCGAUAGAUUUAAUCAGCGUUCUCAAGAGGAGUUACGGUGGAAAAUCUUCGCCGUGGAGGAUUUCCCGCCACCUGCUGUGCUUGCCGUUCUGUGUCAGGGAAAUUGUUCGUGAUUCACCGAUCGUAAACAUUGUUUCGCAGACAUGAAUAAACACAUCAGCCCUUAUGAAUACACCAUGAAUGUGCGCCCUGGUCAUGUUGCAUUGCCUAGUAAGAAAAAAUGCGCCUUGACGUCAAACUACUGUAUGAGGUCAUGGCGGCCACCAUCGGAUAUAUACAAGUAAAUCCACGAUUCACGCGCGGUCCACGCGCUGCGUGCCUUUCUUAAUUUAAUUUUAUUCCUAUUUUCCCAUUUAUUAUUAACAAUUAGAUUUGUGAAUUAGUCUUUUUCUCCUUCUUCUUUCUUUGUUCCAUUUUGUAAAUUAAAUUGGAAGAGCUACGUAGUGGAGUUUUAGUAAAGAUACUGUACUGUACUUCGCGCGCUACCAGAUUUUAAACUCUCUUUGCGAAGCGCUUCGUGCCUCGCUUCGUUCGGAAUAAAUAAAUAAAAUCUAAACAUCCCACCUUGUAUCGAAGGAAUAAACCGAUCGAUUUCAUUUGAGCCCUUUAAAUAGUCGUAGUUGCAUCAAGGUUACAUAAAAAACUCCGGGCCUGUUCAUCAUCAAACAAGACAUAACCUAAUAAGCCUUGUGUUGAAUGACAAAUUAAAAGCAUGGGAGAAUAAUGUAUAAUUACUCUGCUUGUAUUUAGCUAUAGGCGUAAAAGACACUCUAUUUUUUGCUGCUUGACCAGAGUCAGCUUAUUUCCAGCCAGGCAGUUGUACUAGGUAUUUAUUUCGUUUAAGAAAUUUUAAGGACGGUGCCACCUGUGUUGCUUUGCAGGCUAUAGAUCAGGGCCGCAUUUACGCUCUACGAUAUGAGAUGUGUGACGACAUGGCAAGAUCACCAGAUCUUACUGAUAGAGAUCCUCGAAGAAAAAUGUGGAACUUUCUCUCUCCUAUCGCUUUGUUUGCGUCUAAGGGGAAUAAAAACGGUAAAAAUGAGCUUGUUCCUGUGGCCAUACAAAUGGAUUAUAAACCAGGUAAAAUGCUAAAUACAUGUGACUGACUGGAAAUGUCCAAUACACUUAACUAAAUGUAAUGGGUAGUUAUCUGCCAAAAAACUUCUUCAAUGCGGGGAAAGGAUACGUUAACAGUAUUUUACAUCAGUUUUAAAAUUAUUUCUCCCACCAAGUCUUAACUAUGCUAUUUCUGUCACUGAGGUUUUACAAAGUUAUACAUGUAGUUGAAAUUGCCACGCAUGCUUGUGUACUACGUAAUACAAGAUGGGUUUGGCUCAGUGAUCAGAGGCCAUAUACCUGUCCAGUUUUGGAAGGCUUCCUAGCAAUUCCUAUUACCUAUCACUUUUGUACAGGAAACUCAAACAUUGGACUCUAAACCUGACUUCACUGUAAACAAUAUCACUUCUUCACUCUCUUCCAAUAGUUUUUUUUUUUUUACCAUGUUUUUUUAGUUUUUGAGGAUCAGUCAGUGAUUGUCCGUCGGAAAACCCGGAUAAAAAUUAGACUUGGGAAUCUGGAAAGAGUAACUUCGGAAAAUAAAAAAUAAAAUAAAAUAAAGAAUAUACAGUUCCGCAAAGUCGAUAAAUCUUAAUAACGGCUGUAAAUAUGUAGACGACUCUAUUAGAUUCAUUUUACAUCUUCAUUUAUCUAUUUUGCAAUUUGACAGCAUGCCGGGUCAACUUAUAGUAUUAACGCUGUAUUCUUUAGAUUCAGCCGUGUACACUCCUGAAGAUGGCGGAAACUGGAUGCUGGCUAAGCUUAAUGUCCAAAUCACAGAUCUCGGCUACGCACAAAUCGUGGAGCACCUCGCAAAGGUGAUGAUAUUUGCUGUACAUAUUUCAUAUUUGCCUGUUUCUAAGACUCGUAUAAUAAUGAUAAUGAUACUAAAUGAUACUGAUAACGAAUGUUACUGAUAAUGAUAAUAAUAAACGCUAUAUUUCUUGAAUUUUUUCUUUUUAAAGAUUCAUUAUCUGAUGGAGCCAUUUUGUGUUAUCCUAAAACGGACCUUUUCAUCCCAGCAUCCUCUGCAUCAAAUACUCAAGUUUCAUUGCAGAGAAAUAACUGUCCCAAACACAUUUGGAACUCCAAAGCUUGUAGACGAGGCACAGUUUAUGGAUUUGCUCUUUGCACAUGGCAAUACCGGCACCACAAGGCUUCUGAAAGACUCUCAUAAAGUAGCCACGUGGGAGGUGACAAAUUUGAAAGAAGAAGUAAAGGUUUGUUGUCAUGCUAUCUUACUUUCUUUGGUUUCAUCAAAAAGAGCUGUGACGUGCAAUUUAGCCAAAUUCAGACAAUGGAAGCUUUAAUGAGCAGUGUGAGCAAACACAAAAGGAGAAAAAAGAACGAAGAAGUUUACAACUGAUUGCAAUCGGGGUGUUAGAAAACUGGUUUUCCUCGCUCUAAAGGUUUUUCAUCUGUGUUGUUUAUAAGUGUAGAUGAAUAAUCAUAAUGCUUGGAAGACAAAUUUGUUUGUCAGGAAGGUGCCAUUUACAAAUAAUUUCUUCGCUGAGGGUAAGUUCCGAAGUGAGUAAGGAAGAGCAAUAAGCGAUAAUAAACUAGAUUGCUGUGAAAGAGCUCCUUUAAAUGCUUACAAUCCAUGCAUUUAAUAUCAGCUAUUUCUAACAUCUCUUGACACCUAAAUCAGAGCUUCAUACCUGCCUCAGAAGAAGCACAAAAAUUCCCACUUUUCUAUUGACAUCUUUUUGACAAAACAAUUGCUUUUUGACUAAAACGUGGACUAAGCUAAUUGAUACCGAUAAGAUUAAGGUCCAUGGCCUAAAACGAUUGUCAAACAUUCAAUUUCUAUCGGAACUCGAUCUGAAGUUACAUAAAACUCUGCAUAGCGAGUAUGGAUAGGAAUAAUUCUCUGGUUCAGUCAGCGACAUGAAACUUCAACCCCUGGCAUAAAAAAGAAACGCUACCUUUUUAUUUGUAAGAACUUCCCUACAUAAAGGAUUUAGUCUUUAGUUUUAGUUUUAAUUACUUUUUGCCAGUCUUGACCUUUUUAUGUAUGUGGUGUUAAUACACCUUAAUAGAAACGUGGACUAGAUGACAGGAGACUUAUUCCAUACUUUCCUUACCGUGAUGAUGGCGAGGAGAUUUUAGGAGUAAUCGAUCACAUGGUGGAGAAGUACGUCUCUUUGUAAGUAUUUUCAUCAGGCAAAGUUACUGGUCAGGAGAGUUGAUAAAAUGUUCUUUAUACCUUUGCAUAUUAACGCGUAAGGUGAAAGUUUUUUUAAUCAUUCAUACAAAAUAUUUUUAAGUUCUUAACAUCCUCACUUUUUCAUAGACUUUCUUCAAAAAUAUUACAAAUCUACAAUUAUUGAAUUCGGCUUCGUGUCAUCUGAAGAAUUAUAGGGAUCAGGUAGGGUGUCAGCCUCGGCGGAUAUCACCCUCUGAGAUCUUCAUAAUUCUUCAUAGCGGAGCUCUCGCGCGCGAAGCGCGCACCAGCGGAGCAUUAUGGUAAGUAAAUCUACCCAUCUCAGGAAAUUUGGUAAUCACGUGACCGUACACCGAACGAACGAACAACCGUCCGUCCGCACCACAGGCAUACCAAUGUUCAAUCUCACACUUUCUGGCAAGUUUAGGAGCACAGGAAAACUGAUAUUGUACACAUAUUGCACAUCAAUUUUGUGAUCAAUUGACAGCUGUCAAAACAGGAUAUCCGCUGACUACUAUCACCUGACCGUAUCGCGGGCUCAGAUGUCCGCCCAUCGAGGUCGAGUAUUUUUUUGAAGUUAUCCAUUGACCGGUUACUAGUUUUCAAAUGAUCGCAGGCUCAAGCUUAUUUCUUUUUUCAAACUCAUAUGAAAUAUGUUGUGUUUAUGUGCCGCACGAUUAAAAGGUUGAUUUCAAACUGAUCUCGGACGCGAAAAUUCAGCCAGCUAUUACAGGCAGGGAGAACAGUUGCUUUUGACUCUUCUCACCAUGGUCUUGCGUUGGUCACGCUCUACGUCUAAUUUUUAUGCUCUGAUUGGUCAAAAUUUGACGGGUGAGUUCAUGUGGAAAAUUUAUGCAGCAUCUUAAAUCUUGUACUACUUUGACAGCUGAAGCUGACAGAGUUUUGUGUCAACUUGUGAUGUUUUAAAAUGUCUUUUUCUACUGGAUGUACAAAAUGAAAUUCAGCUGCUAUCAAGAGUCCACCGUUAUUCAUGGCUAGUUUGUUUAUUGGGUUUUUGGUUGAGAAAUACGUCGCAUUGUCAAAGUUGGAAAUCUGAUUUCGUAUGGCACUGUUUUCGUUUUUCACCUUGUUUGAUGCGUAAGAGAGGUCGUAAGAGGGUUAAAAAGUCUCAAGCGAUUCUGGCCUUACUUGAUAGCUUCCGGGAGCUGCAUCUAGAAUGGUAAGCCUGAAUAAUUAAUGUAUUUGAUGUUUGUUUUUAAUAUCUUAUUUAAUGAAGUCGAGCGUAUUUUAUGCAGUUAUUUAGUUUAUGCGCGUUUGUGAGAUUUGAGACAAUGAUCUGACCGAGAUCAGGUUUGAUAUAAGGUUACAGAACUUUAAAAAGCCUUUAGACAUUUUCUCACCGCAAAUAGAAAGAAAACGUUCCAAAGAGUAUUUCAUUAAAAUUCUGGCUGUAAAAUAAAACUUUGAGCGAUUUUCUUGGCUCGAGUUCAUCUUUGAAAAAAGAAAACACCGGGAAGCCGGCUUAAAACAUAAAGUUAAGCUUUAAGCUUGAAGACUCAGGAUUUUUAGAGACACUUAAAUACUCGUCUUCGUGAGUGAAAAUUGUUGUCUCUGUAUAUGUUUCACCGAAGUAUAUUUCUUUUUAUGGAUCGUCAGUUGUCUCUCUUGCAAUUAUAAUCGCUGUGCCGUUUGUUUUCAGUCGUUCAUGAACAUCGCUUGCAGGAGUUAACUCAAAACGCCGCACGUAACGCUUUUGAAGAUUGCACAUCGUUAUAAAACCACUAAAUAAAAAAUGAACUCCUUAUUAUGUUGAAACGUAAUUCUAUUAAUGUUCAUUCAAACACUCCACAGCUCGCAACCGGCUGGCCUUAUAGGUGAUUUUGGAAAGUUUUUUUAGCGGUUUCGCUAAAAGCCCACGCAUGCUUAGAUCGUCCUGAAUAUUGAAUGAGUGCAAUUUGUAUUUCAAAAUUGUGAAAUACUGCUGUCUGAGGUCUGUAUGAUAAAAACAGCGCCUCAUAGUACUAUUUCACCUCAGAUGUGAUUUAUAAAAAGUAUAAUAGGUUGGUUUACACGCCCCAAGAUUUUGUAAAGCAAACUUGUCGAACGCAAAAAAUUCGGCCUGAUUUGUUUCCCAAGAAUUUGUUUUCCAGGCCUAAUCUACUGUGAUCAAGAGCCAUUAUGGCUCUUAAAUGUGAUCGAAGAUGGUUGCUAAUUUUUGGUGUACAUAUAAGGCUAUCAAAUCGAUGUCAGAUUUGGUUCACUCUUGGACUGUUUGCAAAUUAUUUUUCUCUAAAUUAAAGUCACUUAGCCCCUCCCUCGAAAGUCAUAUGAAUGUGCUCUAAAGUUUACUGAUUUGUGAAAUACAAGUUUAUUGUUUGAUUUAAUAAACUUAUUAAUGAGAGCUUCGCUUUUAGCCCUGGCUAAAUCUAUUUAUUAUGAUACGAAGCCGAAUUCAAUAAUUGUUAUAUUAUUCAUUUAAAAUAAUUCCUUGUUUAAAAACAAGCUAAAACACGCUUACCUAGAUUAAUGUUAAGUUCAUCUCGAUAGUGCAUGUGUGUGUCGCGAAGUUUAGGAGAUAAAGGGCUGUUCAGGUUCUUCGAUACUAUGACAUGAAAGAAUACAAAACUUUGAAUACAAUUUUUGUCCGGGAUUCAUUAGUUUGAGGAAGUUACUGCAUGACUAAUAAUAGCUUCAUAAUAACAUAGCCAAUUUUUUUUCAGAUAUUAUAAAGACGAUAGAGCUGUCCAGGAAGACAAGGAACUCGAGGCUUUCCUCAAUGAACUGUCUCUCAACGGAACUGGAGAGAAUGGCGGAAUUGGAAGAGUAAGUAUCAGUAUACCAAUUAAUAUUAGUACCUUCAUUGCGUAAAUUAACCUGUAAAGUGACUUUUAGAAAAUCAGACAACAUUGUGCAACUCAGGUGCAAUGAAAAUCAAGAGUGCUAGCAGUCCCUUCAAAAUGAAUAGCAGUCCUUCCAAAUUCCUUUGUAGAUUUAACGGGAAAGACGAACACGUACUUUUUCAACGGGUGCAUUUCAUUUAAGAUUUACUCUGAAAGUGCUAAAACUUGCACUACUUCAAAUUUACAUUUAAUCAUAAUCGUUCUCCUGCCUGACGAAAAGUUUCGAUCACCACGUUUUUUUGGAGACGACCGAGCCUAUCCGGACGAUAAUAAUGGAAGCCAAGCCAAAGGGAAUGUUUAUUUUUUAGAGCUUUCCUGGUUAACCCCGUGUUGCUCAUCAGUAAUUUAGGUGCGUUUUAUUGUCUAUAAACUUUACGGUUUUCGGUGCGGUUGAGUAACAAAUAGAUAAUGAAUUUCUUUAAGCUUGGCGACCAAAACGUUUCCGCGAAAACUGAUGUUAAAUUGUCGGGUACUUAUACAUUCUUUAUUUAAGCCACUUUCACUUAAAUAACCGACAGAUACAAAAGUUCCCUGCAAGAAUUGACUCCAAAGAAGAACUGUGUGAUGUUGUUACCCGGAUUAUCUCACACCUAAGCCUGCAGCACACCGCAUGCAACUACCUGCUGACAGACUAUGCCGUGUACAUCCCUAAUCUGCCAACGAAACUGUACAAUGAUACCAGAGUUAAAGAGGGUGAAUUUUCUGUUUACCGACUCCCAAACAGGGUUACAUCUGCGGUAGGCACAACGUUCAUAACUAAGAUUAGUAAAACUUUAAUGUAAUUGCUUUUAUUUAACUUUUAACUUUGAGUGGAUAGUUAUGACUAAUAGAUCACGAAACUGAGGUUAUCGUUCGACCGAAAAUUAACAACCGCGGCUAAAUAACCAAGUAAUAUUCACGAUAUGACAUAAUGUUGACUUUGUUGAAAUUAUUUUGCACCAUCUGUGCUACUCUGCGAAAAAUGACUUUUGAUUCUUAGGUAACAUUCUUUUUUACCUGUAUUUAAAACGAGAAACUAAAUGACUGGGCAAUAACUAGAAAACGUACAAGCUAAAUUAGCCUUCAGGCUCAAAUAAUGCCUUUGAAAUUAUCUGUGUGUCUAUUUUUUUGUUCAUUUAUUAGUAAAUUGACACGAAGAGCAAAAUAAUGAUAGUCUAUCCAUCUAUUGAAAAGUUGGCCAGCCAGGAGCUUAAUGACUGUUUUUUUUUUUAGAUUAUAAUUUAAUGAAUUAAAUUUAAUACCGUAACUAUACGUUUUUGCUGAAGCGAUUUAAUUUGGUUUCUUAACUUUUCAGAUUGAGGCAAGCUUCAGCAACUCGUUAGCAAGUUUCCGCUUUGAUUCACUGUUUGACUACGGCGACAGUCUUGAGGACAGUAAGGCCGCUAACAUUGUCAGCAAUCACUAUAGCUACUUAAUGCGUGUUGUUCAGCCCAAACUGCAAGAAAGGAACGAGAAACGGAAGGACAAGGAUGACCUAACAUAUCCCUACUUCAUUCCAAGAUGGAUUCCGAACGGAGUUCAGACCUAG